GGUUUCUCUGGGAUAAAGAUCGACCCGUCUCCUGGUGGAACUAUAUCCGAAAAAGAGACAGAAGAGGUGAAUGGAGUGCAUCUUGAACAGGCGGAAAAGAAAGCGACCUCAGACCGCCUUGAAGCAAUAGAAAAAGAUCGAAAACAAGCUGACCAGCAAGUUGAAACGCUCAUUAAGAGGAGAGAACGAUUGAAGAAUAUCAAAAAGGAGUCCGAGCAAGAAGUGAAGGAAGUGCCGAUUGUCGAGCCUGAUGAACGGGAAAAUGCCCCUCUUUGGCAAAGGAUAAUUGCUGAAAAUAAAAAACGAACUACCGUGAAAAAUCGAUUAAAUCAAAAAAGACCUGCAGAGGAAGUUCUGUUUUAUGAACCUUACGAUGCACCCGGCGUGAGUCAACUAAUGCAAAAGCAAAAGACCUUCGGACCAAAACUCCGACAAAUGGUUGAACAUAGGCAGCGGGUGAAAGUAACAUGUUACAAGUACAAUGAUGAGUUUUACAAGUCUUGCAUGCGGGAUUUUAUGCGGAAAACGGAGCGGUGGGCAAACAGUCCAAAGAAAAUAGCUCGCGAUCUUCGCAACAGGGAAAUAUUCGAGCGAGCAUUUCCGGAAAUGAAGAGAGCCAGGGAAGAGAAGGAGAGAGCAGGAAGAACCGAUCGAGUCAGCAUGCGAGCUCAAGAAGAUGAGCAAGCGGCAAAUAACGAGAAG